CCUGACAGGAGCUAUAUAAGGCGGAACAAGGCAGGCAAGGGGGGCAGCGCAGCCGAGCGGAGCCCAGGAGAGGAGACAGAGAGAGAAAGAGCCUGAGCGAGAGACGGGGAAGCAAGGAGGAAGCCACCGGUGCGUCGGGACAGGAACGCAGGUGUUCGGAGCGCCCGAGCUGGAGCUCCGCAGCCGCUAGUCAUGUAUCGCUCCACCAAGGGCGCCUCCAAGGCGCGCCGCGACCAGAUCAACGCUGAGAUCCGGAAUCUCAAGGAGCUGCUGCCGCUGGCCGAAGCGGACAAGGUCCGGCUGUCCUACCUGCACAUUAUGAGUCUUGCCUGCAUCUACACUCGCAAGGGCGUCUUCUUCGCUGGAGGCACUCCUCUGGCGGGCCCCACAGGGCUUCUCUCAGCUCAAGAGCUUGAAGACAUAGUGGCAGCACUACCUGGAUUCCUGCUUGUGUUCACGGCGGAGGGGAAGCUGCUAUAUCUCUCUGAGAGUGUGAGCGAGCAUCUGGGCCACUCCAUGGUGGACCUGGUUGCCCAGGGUGACAGUAUCUACGACAUCAUUGAUCCAGCUGACCACCUAACUGUGCGCCAGCAACUCACCCUGCCCUCUGCUCUGGAUAAUGAUCGCCUCUUCCGCUGUCGCUUCAACACUUCCAAGUCCCUCAGGCGCCAGAGUGCAGGCAACAAACUGGUGCUUAUUCGAGGCCGAUUCCACGCUCACCCACCUGGGGCCUACUGGGCAGGAAAUCCUGUGUUCACAGCUUUCUGUGCUCCACUGGAGACAAGACCCCGCCCUGGCCCUGGCCCUGGCCCUGGUCCUGGCCCUGCCUCACUUUUCUUGGCCAUGUUCCAGAGCCAUCACGCUAAGGACCUGGCCCUGUUGGACAUCUCAGAGAGUGUCCUAAUCUACCUGGGCUUUGAGCGCAGUGAACUGCUCUGUAAAUCAUGGUAUGGACUGCUGCACCCUGAGGACUUGGGCCACGCUUCUGCUCAACACUACCGCCUGUUGGCUGAGAGUGGAGAUAUUCAAGCAGAGAUGGUGGUGAGACUGCUGGCCAAGCCUGGAGGCUGGGCAUGGAUUUAUUGCCUUUUAUAUUCAGAAGGUCCGGAGGGUCCCAUUACUGCCAAUAACUACCCAAUCAGUGACACGGAAGCCUGGAGCCUCCGCCAGCAGUUAAACUCUGAAGAAACCCAGGCAGCCUAUGUCCUGGGCACCCCGACCAUGCUGCCCUCAUUCCCGGAGAGCAUCCUCUCGCAGGAGCAAUGCUCUGGCCCUAAUCCACUCUUCACCAUGGGGCCUCCCCGAAGCACCAAUUUCCCCAGUGCUCCUGAGCUGGGUGCUGUCUCAACACCAGAAGAGCUUCCCCGACCCCCCAAAGAGCUUGGCUUCAGUUACCUGACAUUUCCAUCUGGCCCUGAGCCUUCUCUUCAAGCAGACCUGAGCAAGGAUCUUGUGUGCACCCCACCCUACACGCCCCACCAGCCGGGAGGCUGUGCUUUCCUCUUCAGCCUCCAUGAGCCCUUCCAGACCCACUUGCCCACUCCAUCCAGCUCUCUCCAAGAACAGCUGACUCCGAGCACUGUGACCUUCUCUGAUCAAUUGACGCCCAGCAGUGCAACUUUCCCAGAUCCACUGACUAGCCCACUACAAGGCCAACUGACUGAAACCUCAGCCAGAAGCUAUGAAGAUCCUUGCACCUCCACUUUCCCAGAUCAGCUGCUUCCCACCACUGCCAACUUCCCAGAGCGUCUGAACAGCCCUACCCAUGAGCAGGUGACUUCUCCAAGCACAGCAUUCCAAGCACACCUGAACAGCCCCAGCCAAACUUUCCCAGAGCAACUGAGCCCUAAUCCCACCAAGACUUACUUCGCCCAGGAGGGAUGCAGUUUUCUCUAUGAGAAGUUGCCCCCAAGUCCUAGCAGCCCUGGUAAUGGGGACUGCACACUCCUGGCCCUAGCCCAGCUCCGGGGCCCCCUCUCUGUGGAUGUCCCCCUGGUGCCCGAAGGCCUGCUUACACCUGAGGCCUCUCCAGUCAAGCAGAGCUUCUUCCACUAUUCAGAGAAGGAGCAGAAUGAGAUAGACCGUCUUAUCCAGCAGAUCAGCCAGUUGGCUCAGGGCAUGGACAGGCCCUUCUCAGCAGAGGCUGGCACUGGUGGGCUAGAGCCACUUGGCGGGCUGGAGCCCCUGGACCCUAACCUUUCCCUGGCAGGAGCUGGCCCCCCUGUGCUCAGCCUGGACCUAAAACCCUGGAAAUGCCAGGACCUGGAUUUCCUGACUGACCCUGAUAUAUUCCUGGAAGAGACGCCCGUGGAAGACAUCUUCAUGGAUCUCUCUACCCCAGACCCCAAUGGGGAAUGGAGUUCAGAGGAUCCUGAGGCAGCAGUCCCAGGAGGGGCCCCAUCACCUCGCAACAACCUGUCCCCAGAAGAUAGCAGCUUCCUGGAGGACCUGGCCACAUAUGAAACCGCCUUUGAGACAGGUGUCUCAGCAUUCCCCUACGAUGGGUUUACUGAUGAGUUGCAUCAACUCCAGAGCCAAGUUCAAGACAGCUUCCAUGAAGGUAAGUUGAGCCAAAAUGUUCAAGAACUCAAGUUCCUCUCUUGCCAAUGAGAUGCUGGGUGGAGUUAGAUGAGUAAACUGCCCUCUCUGUUCCUCAGUUUCACUAAUAGGAUAAGAUCACCUGCUGUGUAGGAUUGCGGUUAGGAUAAGAACUAAUGAAAACAAUAUGGAUGUUCUGGACAAGUAGGCCUGGGGGGCAGAGAUUAGGGGUGUGGGAUAAGAUGCAAGAGAAUCUUGGGUAACGGUUUGUGCUUCUUAACUCUACGAGGGACCUAGAUCAGCCAUCCCACCCCAUUUUACAGAUGAAGACAGUCAAGAUCCCGAAGUUAAAGAAACUCCCCUGAGGUUGCACAACAAACUGAUGGAAGCGGGUUUAGAGCUCUAUCUCAGUAUUCUUUGUCCCCCAAAGGGAAUACAGAGUGAGAGCUUAUAGGAAUUUGGGAAAGAGAGUGGGACUCAGCCCCUGGCCCCGACAGAGUGUCCCUGCUAUGGCUCCAUCCUUUCCAAAACCACAGACAUAAUUUCACUCCAUUCAUCCAAACUACUCCCGUAUCUUCUGAGCCUCUGGUGAUCAUUCAGUCAUUGGACCAGCGUACUGGAAGCCCAUACUAUGUGCCAACAGUGCACCACAUCCUCAGCCUGUCUUUCCUAAUAGGCCUAACUGACUGUUGUCUCUCUCUCUCUCUCUCUCUCUGCAGAUGGAAGUGGAGGGGAACCAACGUUUUGAAUAAGUCUGUGACUUAACGUCGUCAAGUAUGGCAUAUUGUCAUCAAGACAUGGAGCCGCUCUCCACCCCCCCGGGAUUGUUGGGGGGAUUCUGGGGGCCAGAGGGGGAUAGAUCCGAUUCCCCAGGCCCUGCAGGAUUUGGGGGGGGGGAGGUGGGAGGGCAAGGGAGGGGAGCUUCUUUUUAAAAUUUAGAGACAUCAAGCAAUCCCAGUUUCCAUUUCAAUCUGUAUUCACUCGUAGUGAGUUUCCUUGAAUGGGAUUUCAAGCGGAGAAUGGGGGAGUCUCACUUCCCCCGCCCCGCGCUGCCCCAUGGGCCUGGGCCAGUUCUCCACUCCUGGGGGCCAAGCCACCCCUGGGCCUUGGUGGGGGAAAGGCAGUGCCCACCUGGGCCAGCCUGUGCCCUGAGGGGCUCUUGACACCCACGUAGAAUUCUCUACACACCAGUAACGGGAUUUCAAUUCCGAUGGACUCUGCCGCCCUGGCGGCCCUUCUUGUGACUUUUGCGCCCCGCGCCUGGGGUGGGGGGCGCGAAGAGACGCUACGUUCCUUUCCGAUGGAGGAAGGCAGACCUGCCGCCGUCACACGUGUGCUUGCACGAGUGCGUGUACCUGGUGCGGGACUCACCCGGCUGCCCAACUGCCUGGGACUACCCAGGUGGUCACCUCGUGGUGCUGCGGUGACUUUGUAGCCAACUUUAUAAUAAAGUCCAGUUUGCCUUUUUGGUA